AUGAAAAUAUUACUCUUACACGUAAGAGUGUCUCUAUUGUUCAUUGGUGGUAGAGAUAAUAGUAAUAGUAAUAGAAAUAGAAAUAGAUUAAAUAAUAAUAAAAAGAAUAAUGUUGUAUUAGAAAAGGAGGAAGAAGAAGAGGAAGAGGAGAGUGAAGAUGAACAAGUAUCGUCAUCAGAUAAUUCUUCAUCGUCACCGUCAACAUCAGAUAAUAAUUCCUCAUCGUCACCUUUAACAUCAGAUAAUAAUUCAGUAUCUGACUCACCACCAUUAGUGUCGUCGUCGUCACAUACCAGUACUUUAGAUGGUAGUGGUAUUAGUGAUGACAAGACACAACUUGCAUCAUCAUCAUCAUCAUCAUCAUCAUUGACAGAGGUUAUUAAUACCAUCUCUUCAUCAGAUGCAACGACUACUCCAACUCAACAAUCAACAAAAAAAGAUAAUGAUACCAAUGAUAACAUAUCAUCAUCAUCAAUAGCAUUGACAUCAUCAACAUCAACAGCAUCUCAUCCUUUAUCUGGGUCACAAUCAGUAAACACUAAAAAGGAUAGACGAUCAUUGGCCAACUCUAGUGGAUCAAAUGUAUCAACAACGAAUAAUAAUACCAAUCCAGGAUACAUCACAAAGAAGACAAAUAAUAAUAAUAAUAAUAAUAAGCAACAACAAGUCAAUAAUAGUAGUAGUUCUUCUUCUUCUUCUACUACUACUAGUAAUACAACUACUAGCAACCCAAACAAAUUAAUAAUCUCUUCAGAAUUAUCAAGGUUAUUGGCAAAUGAUCAAAAGAAUCAACAACAACAAGAGAUUAAAAAGGAGCAACUAGUUCCAGUUGUAAAGGUUGAAAAGGUAGAUGAAGAUGAACAAGAGGAACAAGAACAAGAUGGUAGUGGAUAUUAUGCACCAAGAAAGUCAAAAACAAACAACAACAACAACAAUGGUGAUAAACCAAGAUCACCAUAUGAAGUAUAUUCAUCUCAAUCUAUUACACCAACCAUUCUAUCAAAUAGAGAUUGGUUAUAUGAUUCAACACCAAAUGGUACUAGUAAUAACAAUAAUAGUAUUAGUAGUAGUACUAGUUCAUCAUGUUUUCGAACCUAUGAUAAUAUCAUUAACAACAACAACAACAACAACAAAAAUGAUUCAACUACAACAACAACUACUACCACUACUACAUUAUCAUCAUCAAAUGUUAGUGUAGGUCAAAAUCUUUAUGAUAAUCAAAAUACAUCUCCUUUUACUCCUACUACAACAACUCAAGAUCAAAUAAUUAAACCAAUAAUAUCCUCACAACAAAAACAACCAUCAUCAAUAUUAACAACAGAUGAAUCAAAUUUAGAAGGAAUAUUAGAAUUAAAAAAUGGAAAGGUUGGAUGUUCAAUAUCAUGGAAUGAUACAUUCCAGCGAUUGUUAUUGUUGCCAGAGGAUGAUCAAGAGAAAAAGUUUGUAAAAUAUAAACACUUGUCAUCGCUCAGCAAAGACUUUCUACAUUCUGCCAUCACGUAUGGAAAGAUUAUCAUUGAAGAACGUUUCAUUGAAGAGAGAUACAAGACCAUAAAAGGAGUGCCAGAGUUGGGAGGUCAGGCCGGUGGCCAAAAAUACCUCUAUAAUGGCAUUUUAUUCAAGUUUGCAUCGGAUUGGAUGGAUAUUUAUGGUAGCGACGAGUACUCUAUGAAGGCAGGAGGACACGAACUAAAGAGUAUCAUGAGAUACUAUGGUUGUGAAGGUAUCCAUGUGCCAUUGAUGGCUUUACUCGAUUAUCGUGGUUUUAGAUUGGUUGCCAUGUCCAUCUUGCCCAUUUCACCCAAAGCAACGAUUGUCUAUGGCUCUAGUGAUGGUGGAAAGAACGUGCAUGCUACACGUCCUGAAAUCAACGAGAGAAUGAGACUAGCUGCUAAAAAGCUCAAUAUCAAAGGUCAUUUAUGUGGCAAGGGCGAAAAGAAGGAGGUACUGUACGGACCAACCGACAUUGAAGGUCAUAUUGGCAAAGAUGGGUUGUUUUACGUAUUGGACUUUGCACGUGUGUUUCCUCCUACAGCCGACAAGCGUGUUGAAGAGUCUUUUCUCUACCGACUCUUUAGACCAGAGUUUAUCCAGACCUAUCACAUCCCUCUGUCGAGUGACGCCUACUCGCCAUUUGGAAAGGUCGAUCCAAACGCCAUGCAAUACAACAACUCUGAGGUCAAAGAGGCGACCGAGUAUCUCUACAAUGUGUGUAUCCCCAAGGUUGCCUCUUGGAUGGAUGCACACUCCAACACCAUCAAUUGGCUGUCGCAGUUGACGGAAAUCAUCCAUCGUGAAGGAAUCAAUGUCCGAUACCUUGGAAUCAUCAGACACCAUGUACAAGAUCCGAGGUUAAAGCAAGUGCUGCUCACAGAGAUAGUUGCCCGUGUCUUUAAAAACAUAAUACGUGCAGAGUUGCGUGAAAAAAUGAAGGAAAUGCGAUCCAUCGAGGCAGACUCUUACAUCCAAGUUGUCAUGGAUUUUUUCAACAUUAUAUUGGGUGCUCCAGUUCAAAAACAUGAUCGUCUAUGGUAUCAUUCAAUUAAAAAUGAAAUUUUAUUAAGAUUUGAUAAUUCUUUAUCAAAUGAAGAAAAAGAUUCAAAUUUUGAUUUAAAAAGUCAAGUUGAUAUUUAUAAUAUAUUUGUAAGAUUAUUAAGUAUGACUGGAAUUAAAUUGGCAGAUGAAUCAAUGAAGGAAAUGAAAAAUGAUUCACAAUCUUUCCGUGUUGUACUGUCUGAUAUUGCGGCAAUGGAUGUUAAAGUUAAACAUAUGAAUAUCAUUUCAUUGGCAGAGGGUAAUGCACUCUCACUUCAAUGUAUGAUGUGGGAUGGACGUGGCAGCGAGCGUCUCUUUAAGCUGGCUACCAACAAGUUUGAAGAGGCUAUUAGAUCGACACCCGACAAUAAGGAUAUCCUCAAUGGAUAUGCAAAUGUAUUAAAACAAUUGGCAUUGACCGUUGGAAAGAGUGAUAGUAUGGUCUAUUUGGAACGUAGUUAUUCAAAUUAUCUACUUGCCAAUAAUUACAUGUCACUUUUAACUCUUGGUGACCUUUUAUAUAAUCUUUAUGUUUACAAUGGUGAAAGAUAUAAUUGUAGUGGUCAAAAUAUUGUAAAUAAUAAUAGUAAUAGUAAUAGUAACAAUAAUAAUAAUAAUAAUCAACAAAACAACAAAUCAAAUAAUGCAAAAAAUAAUCAAAAUAAUCAAAAUAAUCAAAAUAAUGGAUUUAAUUUUUCAAAACGUAAAAGUCAAGAUGAUAUAUCAAGUAUAGAUUAUUUAUGGUUAAAUAGAGAUUUGGUUUCUUUGUUGGCAGAGAAAUGUUAUAGUGCAGUGGCAUUUUGGGGUGUAGAGAAUAGAAGUAAUCUAUUAAACUCGAGUGUAGAGAUAUUGUCGAGACGAUCAUCUUCAAUGCCACAGAUCAGUAACGAAACACGGUCAAUUGCCUAUCUCCGUCUGGCCAGUCUUUUAAUGAGCAAGGCUGUUGGAUCAUACGAUCGUACCAUGUUUAGCAAAGCUGACUUUUUACUCUACCUCUGCAAGGUCUAUUCGAACCAGAUCACCUAUCUAUCGUUGCGAAAGAUUCCCAUCCAGGUCGGUCUCGUUGCACCCAUCCUCUCGAGCAUUGUUCGUAACUUGGGAGAGAGUCUGAUAAAGUUGGAUCUCUAUUCAAUGUCUUGGAUUGAAGACUCUGACAUUGUAGCAUUGGCAUCGUUUAUGGGCAACCUCAGAUCGAUCAAUAUUGGUGAAACGGGUGCACAAGGACGAUCCAUCAUUGCACUCUUAAACAACUGCAAAAAGUUGACACGUCUCAAUGCUAAAAAGUGUAGAAUAUUAGAUCGUGAAUUUAUUGCUCAACCAAGUAACAAUAAUAAUAAUAACAAUAAUAAUAAUAUCAAUGUACUCCAUGGUGAUUAUGCUUUGGAAUGUUUGGAUUUAUCAUCUACGGAUUUAGGAAAGUCACUAGCUACACUGUGCUCACAUACGUUGAAUCUACGUCAUAUCAAUUUGUCAGGAUGUCCUAAUCUAUCGACCCCAGAGGUGAUUAAAUUGACAUGUUGCUGUAAAUCACUAGAAAAGUUGAAUCUGUCAAAUUGCAGUCAAAUCGGUGAUGAAGCAGUUCAGAGAUGCUUUGUGACGAUUGGAAAGUUUUGCAAGUCACUCACCUCGGUAGAUUUAGCAUCUUGCAAGUCCGUCUCUGAUAGUUGGGUCGAGAUGAUGAUCAGUUCAUGUCGUAGAAUCUCUCGUCUCAACCUAUCUUCUUGCCAUUUGAUCACCGAUGUCUCGAUCAAUGCCAUUGCCAACAAUCUACACUAUCUCACUCAUCUGUCAGUCAAGAAGUGUCCUUUGAUCAGUGAGUUGGGUAUACUGGCCAGUCGAUGCAUCUUCCUCAGCACGCUUGACUUGUCAAUGAGUGAGAAUAUAUCCGAUGCAUCUGUCCUCCGCAUAUUACAGCUUACCAACCUCAAGCAUCUCAACAUACACGGAUGCAAACGUGUUACAGAUGAAUCAAUCAGAUUACUUUGUGGAGAGGGUAGCAGUACCAGUAUUGGCGGCAGCAGCAGUAGCAAUGGUAACCCUGUUAUUGGAGGUAUUGCUCUAAAGUCUCUAGUCAUUGGUCACAACAAGAUGAGUGAUCCAGCGAUUGAAAUGUUAAAGUACACGAGAACCAAUGUACAUUUGACAAACCAUACUCCAGGCUCUAUCAAUGCACUUCCCAACAGCCUGUCGUCGUCUGCUCCACCCAUGUCACCUUCACAGUCAAGUUUGUCCAUCUCUUCAUCAUCUUCGUUGAGCACGAGUAGUUCGUUGCUGAGCAGUACUGGCAACAGCAUUGGACAGAGUGGUGGAAUGUCAACCUCUUCAACGAGCACUCCAGUCAUUACACCAGCCACUCAAAAAAGUUUGUUGGCCGAUCUCAAGAGCAUCAAGACACAUCCAAUCCCACUUGUCUCUGCCGAGCCUGUUGACUCUUCAGACUUACUCACUUGGCACGCCAAUAUCGCUGCACCUGUCGGGUCACCCUUUGAAGGAGGUAUCUUUCAUUUGGAGUUAAAGUUCCCCAACAACUAUCCAGCCAGUCCUCCAAGUGGCGUGUUGUUGACACCCUUCCCACACCCACAUGUUCACGACCGCGGUCGUAUAUGUCUCGAUAUUCUCUCUGAUUUCCAAAGUUACUUUCAAGGACACAGUGAUUCGAAAACCGACAAGUCAUCGGGUUGGUCGAGUGCAUACAGUGUAUCAACCAUUCUUAUUCAAAUUCAAACCUUCCUCAUUACAUUGGACGACGAUGAAACUGAACCAAACAGUCUCCCCAUUCAGGAAUACUUGAUGAAGAUUCCAGAAGCAAUUGCUGGAAGUCGUACAUUUAAUUGUUCAUCUUGUCAACAUCGUUCUGAUUGUCCAUGGCCACCUCUUCCAGAAGACACAACAACUCAACAAUCCAACAAUAAUAAUAACAAUUUGAACAAAAACACUGAAAAAUCUUUAAUAACUUUACAAGAUGCAAAGAAUAAUAUCAAUAAUAAUAAUAAUAAUAAUAAUAAUAAUAACAACAGCAUCAAUGAUAAUGAUGAAAAAGAAUUUUUAAACAAUAUUGAAUCAGAGUUGGUUUGUUAUCAUAAUAGAUCUUCUUAUAAAGAAGAUAUACUUGGUAUUGGAAUUAAUAUAAUAUCAAAACCAAAUUCAAUCAAGAUUGAUGCAAUCAGUACAUCACUAGAUUUAUUAUCAUUGGAAGCCUAUAAUCAAGGUGUAAGAAGUUCAAUCAUGAAAGAACCUUUUAAUUAUUGGUUACCAUUAUAUAUUAAUAAGCAACAUGGUGAAAGAGCAUGGAAACUAUUAGAAUCAUCAUUAAAAGAUAUAUUCCAUGUAAAACAAUUUAAACCAGAGUUGGCAAAAGUAUUCCUUUGUAAGGCAAUGAAUACAAUGUGUGUCAAUAUUAUGAAUGAAACUUUACAUGCAUCUAUUAAAAUGUUGGAAGGAUAUUGUUUAUUCCAUCAAUUAUUCCUUGCAUUUAUUAAGAGAUAUCCAGAUUUGUUGGUUGAAAUCAACAAGGAGAUUUAUGAUUUUAUUCAUUUGCCAAAUAUGAGACACAAGAGAGAGACUCCAGCCUUGGGAGAGUUCUUACCUCUUUUGACAGUAUCUGAUUAUAAGUGGUCAGAGGUGGCUUAUAGCUAUUUGGAAGAAAACUUUGACCGAAAUGUAAUGUGGAUCAUCAAAAAGAAUCCAGAGUUUGGUAACAUGGAUCCAGCAAUCGAUAGAGAUCGUCCAAAGAUUGCAAUGGAAGCAUCAAUUGUUUCGAUCAGACUGUUGUUAUUCCACGUCUACUUUUUGCAACAUAUUGCCCGUCCAGAGGGAGGCAGUCUCGACUCUAUCGCAACACAGUAUAACCGUUACUUUGGCAAGCCUAUGAAAGCAACCCGUGACAACCUCCAAAUGGCUGUCAAGGACAUCAUGCGUGUCAAGAGUUGGGACGAGUUCUUUACUCGUGUAGGAGUGACACCCCCAUCUGAACCAGACUUGAUUGAAUGGCUAAAGAGAUCAAUUCAAAACUCGAUUGCUAAAAGCUACCACAAACCAUCAAACAGUGGUAAAAAGGCCGGUGGUGGAAAGAGACAGUUAUACGACACACCAACAAGAAAGAAAUCAUCGUUUGACGACAAGACGUCACCGAUCAGACACUUGUCUCAAGAAGAAGACUUUUAUAAUCUUCAAUUCCUAUCACCACCGAACAACGAUGACAACAACGGUAUUGGCAUGCUGCCACCUCCUUCACCUAGAUCGAUAAACAUGUUGGAAAUGCCAUCCCAUCCACUAUCUUAUCGCGAUAGUUUGGUAUUUGGUUCACAAUACCAAUUCUAUCAACAACAACAACUUCAACAACAAUUACAACAACAACAACAAGGACAAUUACAACCAACUAACCAACAACAACUACAACAACAACAACAACAAGGACAAAGAUCAAGAUCUGGAUCAGGUGCCAAUAAUAAUAAUAAUAAUAACCAUUCUGUACCGUCUCCACCAGACUUGGUGUAUGAUUACUCACACCAAUCACAACCAACAGCAGCAGGGUACUAUGCCUAUCCAUAUAAUCCACCCAUGCCAUUUAAUUUGAGUUAUGAUAAUAGUCAAGGUGACGGAUACACAUUUGUAUUCCAAUCCCCAUCUGCAUCUUCUGCCUCACCAUUACUUUCGCCUCCAUCACCAUACCAACAACCGAUCCAAUCAGGUAGAUCAACUUCACCUCCUCUUCUUAGAGGUUACAGUCAAUACCAAAAAAAGAAACCAUCAAAUUCCCAUCAAAAAUAUCAAUCUCAAAAUAAUAAUAAUAACAAACAUCAUCAUCAUAAUAAUAAUAAUAAUAAUAACAAUAAUAAUUAUAAUAACCACCAUAAUAACAACAACAACUAUGGCCAUAACAAUAAUAAUAAUAACUAUAGAUCAGAUGGAAUUUGUAAAUUCUUUGUAAAUGGUAAUUGCCUCAAAGGAGACAAAUGUAACCUAUUACAUCCAACCAGUCAUUAA